AUGACUUUCCAACUAUCGCUCUAGGUGGCAUCCAUUGUGGUGACAUCCCACAACGAAGGAAAAAAAUUGAGUAUUUUUAAUCUGAAACAAAACACAAAUUUCUUUUGUAAAAGCAUAUUGCCAACUACAAAAUUUGUCCAAGUCGCACCAAAGGCAACGAUAAACCAAAUCGCAAUAAUUCAUCAGAAAAACGAAACUUCAUUGUCGAAAAAAGUUGACGCCUUCUUCAUUGCUCUGCAGCGUAGGGGAAUCUUCUGGUGGAAUUAAUUAAAGGUAUUACGUUUAAUUUACAAUUAAAACAGCAAUGUCGUCAGCAACGAAACCUCGAAAACAACCCACUGCUAUUUCACGGAUGAAGCAGGACUAUAUGCGGCUGAAACGUGAUCCCCUCCCAUAUAUAACCGCUGAGCCAUUGCCAAACAAUAUACUUGAGUGGCAUUAUGUAGUAAAAGGACCAGCAAAUACGCCAUAUCACGGAGGAUACUACCAUGGUACUUUGCUGUUCCCGCGUGAAUUUCCUUUCAAACCGCCAUCAAUUUAUAUGCUAACUCCAAAUGGGCGCUUUAAGACAAGUACACGGCUUUGUCUGAGUAUAUCUGAUUUCCAUCCUGAUACUUGGAAUCCAACAUGGUGCGUAGGCACCAUUCUCACAGGAUUAUUAAGCUUUAUGUUGGAGACAACGCCGACACUUGGAUCUAUUGAAUCUACGCAAUACGAAAAGCAGCAAUACGCGAAAAAAUCGCUUGCCUUUAAUUUAAAAAAUAAAAAUUUUCGAGAACUAUUCCCUGAAAUUUGUGAAGAAAUUAAUACGCGAUUAGAAGACGAGCAAAAAUUGUUAACCAAGGGCUCUAGCAUAGUCAAUGGGGAAUGCAGAACAGAUAACAGCAGUAGUGAAACAACUAACAGUGAUAUUAGUGGGCGAGAUGGAAAUACCGAUAAUACACAAAAGAAAGGAAGCAGCUCAAACAGUACAGCGAAUUCUUUAAUUAAUUGGCAAUCGAUUUAUUCAAAUUUAAUAAUUUUGAUAAGUUUUGCAAUAUUUGCACUAAUGGUAAAUUAUGUGAUCAAGAAUAUAAACCAAGAAUAGAAUUCCAUGUAGAAAACACCCUCCAGCAACCUAAUUCCAUAACAAUUAUUCCCACUUAUAAAAAGGCGAGUUCUAUUCCUUCCUUUCAAUACACACACAAAAAAUUAUAUGUAUGUAUGUAUGUAUAUUUAAAAUAAUCUUGUAUUAUAAACAAUACAAAGCUAGUACUAUAUACUUAAGCAGUAAAUUUUUAUUUGUAAAUAGCAUCAUGAGAAGUUAUGUAUGUAUUUGCAUUCAAAUAUUAAAAUGUUUUAACAUGCAUAUAGACGCUAAUCGCUAAACAAAGAAAUAAAAUCGCGUAGACUUCGUAAAUCUUUGAUGAGUUAA